GCAGUGUUUGGGCUGACGAACUGUCAUUCUGAAAUCCAAAAAACUCUGGAGCGGGCAGUAUUCUCUCCCGGCUCAGUAUCUCUCUCUGUAGUCCUUCCUGAAGGCCAGACGCGAUGUGGUAGCUAUACGUGCGCGUCUUGACGAUGUUAGUUUGACUCACAACGCAAGCAAGACGAAAUGGAGGAGCUCGCACGGCCACCCACCGCAAAGAAGAUGGCGUGGGGUGCGCCGGAAGCCGUGCAGGACACGCGUAAACUGCCAGAUAUGGACUCAGUGGACAACAUGUCCAUGAAGAGCCAAGUGACAACUGUAUCCAGUACGGCAGAUGAUCUAGAUGUCGUUAAUGAUGAUCCCGUGAGACCAACAAGCUCCGGAACCGGACGGCCAAAAAGUACCAGCAUAUUUUCCCGGCUGCAAACUCGUGGAAAAAUUGCGCCAAUGCCUGGACCAGCUUCUCAAAUGGAUCUUGUCACGGAUGAUCAGAAGUCUAUGAGCAGGGGCACUCCAGCUAUCCAACCAGCUGAAGAAGAUCAGGGCGAGGAUGUCCACACCGACACUGUGCACAGCAACCAAGGUGCCGUGUCGGAAGAUGAAGCAGAGGAUGAGGAUGAGGAGUUGUCCGGGCAAGUAAUCCAAUAUGUGCCGUACAGCCUUGCACAAGAUUGGAUUUCCAAGAUGGGACUGAAGAUGAAAUCUGUCAAAGCCAAGCACAACCAGAUUGCCGUGCAAAUGGAUUCCGCGUAUCGACGCAUUGAAGAGGACACUGAGGUAUACUUUGAAGCUUUUGUGGGACGGCUGAAGGAUCAGCACCGGCAGAAGAUUGUGCGCUUCCGCGAAGUCUUGACACUGACCCGAGAGGAGCAGAAAAUGAAGGAAAAGGAAUGGAGGAAAAUGGUUGAGGAUCUGGUUGCAAGAAACAAGGCCUUGGCAGAGACAAAGCAGUCCCUCUUAGUACAAAUCAAGAAACUGUUUGAGCAGCUACAAGCAGAGAAGGAGGCUCUCCAGCAGCAAAUGACUGAACAACUGAAUGCUGAAAGGCAGCUGAGAGCUGCUGAUAUUGAAAGUCUCCGCACCCAGCACAAUAAGGAGGUAGCUGCCAGUGCCAUUCUGCUUGAGACCAAGAUCGAUGAGAAGGCAAAAGAGCAUGAGACGCAUCUUGCAGCUUGCGAGGCUGACUGGCAGAAAACAGCCAAGACUCACUGCAGCGGCGUCAGUGGAAAAGCUACGGACUUGAUGGCUGAUCUCCAUGGAGCCGUCAACACUCGUCUGGACACUCUGCAAAGCAGAUUGAAGGCGGCUGAAGGAAGCAUCAAGAAUAUCUCGCGUGUACAACCAUCUCCUAGCAGACGUGCAAUGUCAAGGCAAGGUCGCGCCUCUUCUCGCUUAGUGGGUUCUGCUGAUUCUGCUGAACCAGGCGAGGUCAGAGCUGACAUAGGAGAGUAUGAAGAGCAAGUCAGGGCAGCAGAGGCACAGCUAGCGGCCAUCCCUGCCGUGCUCCCCGCUUUGUCCUCAGAGCAGAAGGACACACUCCGCGAGACACUGAAAACGAAGGAGGAUGCCCUGGACGAGAGCUCCAAUGACGCUACAAAAGCGUCACAAUGCCUAAUGGAGGCUGAAGCAAUCCGCUUGCUCUUGUCCGAAGCAUCAUCGCCAGCAACACUCAAGAAGCAGUUUUCCAGAGUGCAACUCCAAGCACCACAGCCAGCACAAUCUUCCGCUCAGGACGGCGCAGCUUUGCACUGUCUGCACGAGAUGCUACAGGUGCUGCGGGCAAACUUUCCCUCAAGCUCCGAGCUCUCGGACCAGCUAACAUCCUGUCAGGAUCAGCUAUCAAAUCCAGAGACUGGUUCCUCAGGUGAUGCAGCACAAGACUCGGACAAAGACAACAAGAACAGACGGCUUCAGCUGGAAUCCAGGAUUGCAGCACUGCAACUAGUGAAGAAUGUCGAGGAUAUCAAGAGCGCUGAGGACGUUGCCAAUCAUUUGGGAUUGACCCUGUCCGAAGAAUCACUUAGCGCCGUGCACACACAGCGCAAGGUGACUGCAGCAGCUGAAGUAGAGAGCAGCAGCGAGGAGGACAGUGGUGAUGAUGAUGAGGACGCAGGCCGUGCUGAUGUCGGUGCUUCUGAUGGUGAAUCUGGCGAGGAGGCUACGCCUAAAAAGAAGGAGAAAGGCAGGAAAACCAGCAAGGCUGAGAAACUUGUAGAGAUGGCAGCGGCGGGGACCGAAGAGAUCACUCGUCUGGAGAGCAUUAUUGCACAGAAGGAUGAAGAGUUGGAUAACCUGAAACUGGAGCGGUCCAAACUUCAAGUGGAGCUUAUGGAUCUGCGCAAUGAGAAUGCUGCUCUCAAGUCUGAUGGAGAGCGGAAGGAGGAAUUGGUCCGUGCUGAGCUGGAGGAGCAAAUCAAAACCAAGGAGUUGAGCUUGAAGGAUAUCCAGAACCAGCUAAAGCAGCUGGAGGAAGAACGUCUACAAGGUCUUCCUGUUGACACGGCCGAGGAAAUCAUGCGUUAUCGCGACAAACUGGCUAUCUUAGAGCAGGAGAUGGAGGACCAACGCAAGCAAGUGUCCAAGGAGCAGCUCAAAACCUUGAAGGAGGCGUCUAAAGUCACCGAACUGGAGACCCGAGUCAAGCAGGCUGAAAAGGCAACUGAAGAAUUCCGGGCUUUACAUGCAUCCGUUGCUUCAGAAAAGGACAAGGAGCUCGGUGCAUUGAAGGCAAAGCUGAAAGCGGCGAAAGAAGAGCAAUCAGCAUCUUCAGCAAAGAUGGUCAAGGCUUUGGAGGCUAAGAUCAAAGAGCUGGAGAAGCGUGCUCAGGCAGCGGAGAAGACAGCAGCUGCAGGUGGACAAGCGGGCAAAGCUGGAGGCAAGGAGACGGGCAAUGUAGCUGAGUUGAAGAAGCAGCUGAAAACAGCCAAUGGCAAAGUACAGGAACUUAACACCAAGGUCAAACAGCUAGGCAAGGAGCUCACCACUGCCAGCCGUGCUGGAGGCGGUGCCGGUGGUGGCGGAGGUUCAAUGGAAGAUAAACGAGAACUCAAGAAGAAAGAAAAAGAGAACAAAGAGCUUUCAAAGCAAGUGGAGCAGCUGCAACGGAAACUAGACGCAAAGACUGCUGCACAUAAAACGGCUGAAGAGGAUUUGAAACGGACUGCCAAGGAAUUGCAGCAGGCUAAUGAUGAGAUAUCCAGACUCAAAAUCGAGAUUGGUAAAUUGGGAACUGAAGCAAAGGCGGCCGUUGAGAACGCGGAGAAAGCAAAGGCUCUACAAGAGAAGGUCAAACAGCUGAAUGAGGAGCUGGCAACUGCAGUCGAAAACUACAACAAUGAAAGGGUCCUGCGUAAGAAGUACUACAACAUCAUUGAAGACAUGAAAGGAAAGAUCAGGGUGUACUGUCGCGCUAGGCCACUCAGCAAGUCCGAGAAAGAUCGGGGUAACCAUAGUGUGAUAGGCUCACCGGAUGAGUACACUAUUACCAUUCAGUCACAGCGUGGUCUGAAGGAAUUCAGCUUUGAUCAGGUCUUCACACCGGAACACUCGCAAGAGAAGGUCUUUGAAGACACGAACAACCUCAUACAGUCUGCUUUCGACGGCUACAAUGUAUGCAUCUUUGCAUAUGGUCAGACUGGCUCUGGAAAAACAUACACAAUGAUCGGAGCAGAGACCAGCUUGGAGUCUCCAGUGCGCGGCAUUGCGCCACGAGCGUUCAUGUCAAUCUACGACCUGAUUGAAGAAAACAAGAAGAAAUUCUCAAUUGAAGUGUCGGUCUACAUGCUGGAACUGUACAACGAAAAACUGCUGGACCUCUUAGCCAUCGGCAAAGAUCCGGGAAAGCUGGACAUCAAAAAGAACAAGAAGGGAAUGGUGGUGGUGACGGGGAGUGCUACAAAAGAAGCAAAGACUGCCGCGGAGCUUCUGGACAUCUUUCAGCAAGGCUCCAAAAGCAGACACGUUGCAUCGACAAAGAUGAACGCCGAAAGCUCUCGCAGCCAUUUGAUCGUCGGUAUUGUCAUCACCUCCACAAAUUUGGCCACUGGCACAGUUGUGUCCGGAAAGCUGAGUUUGGUGGAUUUGGCUGGAUCAGAACGUGCAUCGAAGACUGGAGCAACUCCCGAGCAGCUUAAGGAAGCGCAAUCCAUUAACAAGAGCUUGAGCGCUCUCGGUGAUGUCAUCUCUGCACUAUCCACAGGGCAAGGGCAUAUCCCGUACAGAAACAACAAGCUCACUAUGCUCAUGCAGGACUCUCUUGGAGGAAAUGCCAAGACGCUCAUGUUUGUCAACAUCUCACCAGCAGAUUACAACUGCGAUGAGACCAUAGUGUCACUUACGUAUGCUUCUCGUGUCAAGUUGAUCACGAACGAUGCCUCCAAGAAUGCCGAUAACAAGGAAAUCGCUCGCCUGAAAUCCGUUAUUUCGAAAUUGAAGAAGGGCGAGGAUGUGGAAGAGGAGGAUUGAAUUGUCUGUGAGAUUGUGUUUGCAAUUCUUCACAGCAAUGCCGUUGGGAACCGGAGGGUGGAGAGAUGUAGUAUAGCAUUCCGAAAAUACAUAUUGCCAUCUCUAGUAGAACGUAUUUCCAGGAUCACAUCAAUUACUGCAAACAUUAUCACUAGUCGAGUCAUGCUUUUAACAAUGGAGGGUGUGCAGAUAAUAAUGGUGCAUCAUAAUAUUAUUAUGCUCGAUUUGUUACACACUGAUAAGUGGGUUUGACCGAGGAUGCCCCUUGCACACUUGUAGUAGACAUUACUGUUGUUCUCAUAAUAUUAUUCAUACAACGCAUUUCUGUAACACACUCAACUAAUUAGCACUCCGUAUUUUAUUGAUCUAACCAACCAGGAAACCAAAAUGGUAUUUCCUACUUCUACGGCUGCAAAUUUCAUUCAUUCUACCGAUAGGUCCACUUCUUCUUCACUUGUGCUAAACAAGGAGGCAGGAGGAUAACAUAAAAUAUAUGCUAUGAAAACAAAUAGAGAAAUUUCAUUCAUACUACGUGAAAAUGAUUCUAUUUUUAUAACACAAUCAAACGAUUAUUGCAUUCUCUAUAACCAUUCUAUUUACAUAGGAUUUCUUUGCAGGCAUAACAGAUUUUCAAGGCCAUGCGAAGAAAGAUAUGAUGAGUGAAGAAGAAACAGGACUGCUGAUAUCAUUCA